AUGUAUUUUCUCUCUUCCUCAUUUUCUCUUAACCCCUCCCUACCUCAUUUUUUCUUCCUCCUUCCCUUCUCUCUCGUUUUCUCUCUACCCCCAUACCUCCCUCAUGCUAUUUCUCCCCUAUUCACCAAUCAAUAUUGCUUCCUCCCACAUUUUCUCCCUACCGCCAUUCCAAGCUCAUUUUCUUCCUGGCUCAUUUCUACCCCCUUUUCGAUCUAUCCCCACCUCCAUAUUUCGUCUGUUCCUAUUUCUUCCUCAUUGUUGAUUCUUCCUCAUUUCCUUUCUCUCUCUCUCUCUCUCUCUCUCUCUCUCUCUCUCACACACACACACACACACACAAACACACACUCACUCUUUCUGUUUGUCUGUCUCCCUCUCUCUCUAUCUAUUUAUCUAUCUAACUUUUUCUCUUUUUCUCUCUCUGUUCGUUAUCUAUUCAUAUUUAUCUAUCUAUUUAUCUGUCUAUCUAUCGCAGUCUUUUUUCUAUCAAUAAGUUUAUUCAUAUCUAUCUACAUAUCUAUCUAUCUAUCUAUCUAUCUAUCUAUCUAUCUAUCUAUCUUGCUUGUCUAUUCACAUCUAUCUAUCUAUCUAUCUCAUUUUUUUCAUAUACAUCUAUCUAUCGAGCGAUCUCAGUCUCUUAAUAUCUAUCUAUCUAUCUAUUUAUCUAUAUUUUCCAUUAUUAUUUAA